AUGGAAUAUGAAUAUGCUGAAGUAACAAUAUUAGAUGAUGGGAAGUUAAGCAAAGGAGUCAACAGAAAGGGCAUUGCAUUCUACAAUAAUCUCAUCAAUGAACUCUUAGCAAAUGGGAUACAACCUCUUGUCUCAAUCUUCCACUGGGAUCUGCCUCAAGCUCUUGAAGAUGAAUAUCAAGGGUUUUUAAGCCCCCAAAUUGCGGAUGACUUUAGAGAUUAUGCAGAAUUGUGCUUCCAAGAAUUUGGAGACAGAAUUAAACAUUGGAUCACUAUUAAUGAGCCAUAUACAUAUGCUGUAUUUGGGUAUGCAUUAGGUUUCGAUGCUCCUGGCCGAUGUUCAUAUUAUAAUGGUUGCGCUGCUGGAGAUGCUGCAACUGAGCCUUACAUAGUUGCACACCACUUGCUUUUAGCUCAUGCAAAGACAGUAAAUUUAUAUAGGGAGCAAUACAAGGCUAAGCAAAAAGGCAAGAUAGGAAUAUCUCUAAUAAGUAAUUGGUUUGUGCCAUACUCUACGAAGGAGGAGGAUAUAGAUGCUGCUCAACGAGGUCUCGACUUCAUGUUCGGAUGGUUUAUAGAUCCAGUAACUUAUGGAGACUAUCCAGCAAGUAUGCAUAAAGCUGCAAAAAAUCGAUUACCAAAAUUUACUAUUGAAGAAACUGAGAUGGUGAAGAAUUCCUAUGACUUCUUGGGACUAAAUUACUACACUUCCACCUAUGCAGCCAAUAUUCCUUAUGUUGACGUUGUGAACUACGUAACAGAUGCUCACGUACAUCAAACAGGCAAGAAAAAUGAAAUACCCAUCGGUGAACCGACGGGCUUGGAAACUAAUUUUGUUGUCCCAAAAGGUCUUCAAGAUUUGCUUGUAUACACAAAGAAGAAAUACAAGAAUCCGAUUAUUUAUGUAACGGAGAAUGGAAUGAGUGAUGCAAAUGUGACAACAGUACAACAAGGAGUAGAUGACUUGGAAAGAGCAGAAUAUAUCCGUCAACAUCUUUUGGCCAUCAAGGAUGCCCUUCAGGAUGGUGUAAAUGUCAAAGGUUACUUCGUAUGGGCAUUGCUGGAUAAUUUCGAGUGGAGAUGGGGAUAUACCCAAAGAUAUGGAAUUAAUUAUGUCGAUUUUAACAAUAAUUUAAAGAGAUAUCCCAAACGUUCUGCUCUUUGGCUAAAAGAAUUUCUUUCCGGUAGAGAGAUUUUCAGAUUUGAUUAUUAAUAUGUUUAGUUAGAGGUAAGAAAGUAGUACACUUCCCAACAAAAAAUUUAUUUCAUUCUAAUAGAUAUAGUUUUGGAUACUCUCACACAUUAAAUAGUCCACGAGACUUGGUCUUAGAAUAAGAUACUUUCAUUUCAA